GGAACAUUAGAGCCAUUAUAGAACGAACUUUUUCAUAUAUUAUUUACUCUCUCAGGACCAUUGUUGAAGGAUUCGAUAGUGUGAUAAAAGGCAUUUCUUUAAGUGUAUAUUACAAUGUUUAGCAGGCAGAAAUUAUGUAUCACCAGUUUAUGGGUUUUUUGUUGGACACUCUACAUAAGUAAAGCAAGUUUAAUAACCAUCCAGGAAAACAGGUACGAUGGAAUUGUAGUGGCAUUAUCACCAUACAUUAAUUUAACUGCUGACGAUCCAGUCACCAUAAUCGAACAGUUUAAGAAUAUGAUCAGCAAGUCAUCCCGAGAUUUGUUCGCCGCUACUGACCAAAGAGCGUAUUUUGGAGAUGUAACUUUCUUGAUCCCUAAAUCCUGGAGUUUACAGGAAGGUUGGAAUGAGACAUUAAUGGUUUUCACCACGAUUGAAAAACCUGAUCGAGAAGUUUUUCAAAAUGCAGACAUUUUUAUCGAACCUGAAGGGGGAAAAUUUGGAGAUGGCCCAUUCACUCUCCAGCACGAAGGUUGUGGCAAGCCUGGACAUCACAUCCAGAUAACAGCAAAUUUUCUAAAAAGUAUAAACAAUAACCAACAUCCAGACUUUGGAGAUACAGGGAAGACAUUUGUUCAUGAAUGGGCACAUUAUAGAUAUGGAGUAUUUGAUGAAUAUGGUUUUCCCAAUGAUCCUCUGUAUCCAAUGUACUAUGGAAUCCCAGGAAGAGGAGAAGCACUUGCAACUGACUGUGCUAAUAUUAAAGUCCAAUAUGAUAACAAAAAUAAAGCUGAUAGUUUUUGUAAGCCAGCCAUUGAUAUCUACACUGGAAAGGCACAAGAAGACAAUUGUUUCUUUGUUAGUAGACAACAAGGAAUUGAAAAUAAUGAUGUUAAGUCUUCUCUUAUGUCUCAGCAUUUUCUACCAAAGGUUACUCAUUUCUGUGAUGGAACAACUGCAUACAAUCAUAAUGUUGAUGCUCCAACAAAACACAAUGCUCUGUGUCAUGAAAAGAGCACUAGUAGCGUAAUUUAUGAAAACCAAGAUUUUGCUAAUGGAAGAAAUCUACCAGAAAUAACUUACCUUCCACCAACAGUGUUCAACUAUGUUCAGGAAGAAAAUCUUCGCAUUGUUAUUGCUUUUGAUUGUUCACACAGUAUGAAUCCUCCUGAGAGAUUUAACAUGCUGAUAAGUGCACUCAGAAGACUUCUCAGAGAUUUUCCUCUUGGUUCUGAAGUGGGAAUGGUAUACUUUAAAGAAAAAGCAAAUGUAAUAAAUGAAAUGAUGAUAAUUGAUACAAAUGCUGUAGAAACCUUCACCCAGAAGUUUCCAGAUAGGCCUUCUGACAACACUAACGCUUGUGUUGAAUGUGGAGUACAGAAAUCACUAGAGCUACUUUCUGCAAACAACCAAUCCACAGCUGGGAGUAUCAUAAUGUUGGUGACAACUAGUGAUUUAACUGAAAAUGGAACUCAAAUAUUGAAAGAAACCCUAACUGCAGCCAGUGUACGACUUUUCAUAAUGUUGUAUCACAAGUCCGAGAAUGUCUCCUCUUCUUUUCUAAAUUUGGCACACAGCACAAUGGGUAGACUGGUUUAUGUCAGAGAAGAGAUGAUUGACGAUACAUUAUCACUGGUCAAUCAAAUCAAUUUAUAUGAAGCAUUUCAACAUGUUCUACAGGGUCAUUCCUGGGAGUCUUUAGACCUCCCAGUAACAAUCCUCAAGAACAUUGUAAAUGGUUCUUCACAUGCAAUAUCGAUAAAUAUCCCUGUAGACAGAACACUAGGACAAGACCUGAAAAUACAGAUUUCCUUCAACAAGCAAGGCUAUCCAUCAAUUGUCAAAGACAGUAUUAUAUUGACAUCUCCAACUAACAGAAAUUUCAGUUUUCAAAGUUCGGAGUUUGAAACACCAUUUGAUGACUUUUACCUCUUCCACAUACCAGAAGCAGAGGAAGGACUGUGGUAUUUGGAAGGAACAAUUUCUGAAGAAGAGAAACAUCCAAUAGUGGUCUAUGUAACUGCUAGACAGAAAAGUGGAGAAAAACCUCUCACUCUUAAAGCUUCAUUGAAUAAUGGUGUUCAUCAGUUUGACCCUGCACAAGUUCCACCUCCCAUUAUUUUUGCCCAUAUUCAACAUGGCAACAAUCCAGUAGUAGGAGCAAAAGUUAUUGCUACCAUUUACCACCCAAAUGGGCAGAAGGAUUCCUUUGAACUGCUUGACAAUGGUACAGGUGAUCCUGAUAUAACUAAAGGAGAUGGUAUUUACUCCCGUUAUCUCACAACCAUUUCAACGGCAGGACACUAUACUUUAACCAUUUCUGCCAACUCUAAUAAUGGAACAGCUAAAGUUUUGUAUGGUGGAAGUAGUGGAGUGAUGCCAAAAAAUCCAAAUCGUCUCAGAUACUGUUGUGGAAGUUUUGUUCCAGAAGAUGAAGCUACACCAACAGGAAUAUUCAUGCGACAGGUGAAUUAUGGAAGUUUUUAUGUGACCAGUGAUAAAACAAAAGAUAUAUACCCACCAAACAGAAUUGUGGAUUUCAGAGUAAUGCAGGUAGACAACACAAAUAAACGAGUAAAAUUAAAGUGGACAUCACCAGGAAAUGACUAUGACAGUGGGCAAGCUUCAUCGUAUAUUUUAAAAUACUUUUAUGAACGUGAGGAUGCAAAGAAUAGAUUCAGUGAUGAGUAUAUUGGUGUGCUAGUAGAUAACUGGCAUAUCGAUGGAGAACCACCAAAACCAGAGAUCUGUGGAACAGAACAAGAAGUUUUGCUGAACUUGGGGGAAAUUAACCAAGACAAAACCCUUUAUUUUGGAAUUUAUGCUGUAGAUGAAGAUAAAAACAAUGGUAGUGUCUCUAAUAUUGUGUCUGCUUUUUUCAACUCCAGUCCACUACCAUCUACUGUAAACUCUUCUCCAAGCACCACUGUGAUAACUUCAAUAAGUACUACUGAUUGGAUAAACAAUGGUGAAGAAGGUCUGUCAACUGGUUCUAUUGCAUUAAUUGUGAGUGUUAUAAUUGUGGUAUUGAUCAUCAUUUUUGUAAUUCUUGUGGUGGUUUAUAUGCAUAAAAGAAAGAAUGAAGAUGCAGUUGAUAAAUUUCCAAAUCCAACAGUUAAUCGGAUAGAGAAUAAACUGUCACAUAACUCAGAAAAAGAGGUAAUUGAUAAACCUUAUAUACCAGUGGAAUCCUUAAUUAGUCCUGUAAACUCCUGGCCAGUUGAUGUCUUAUUAAGUUCAUAUAAUCGCUCCAAAGAGAAGCAAGUGGGCAAAGCUCCUGUACCCGACAAGGAUGUAAUCGAGGCUUCAUCUUUGAGUUCUUACCCUUCUAGAGUGUCUUCUCACUAUGACACACCCUCAGAUUUUGAAAGUAAACCAUUUGGAAAUAUUUAUCAAAAGCCAAUUUCAAAACGACAAAAUUCCCUAUCAGAGAGCUCUUCUUUGCAGUCUUUUAGGCCUGUCCAAUCAAAUUAUUUGACCGAAGUUUAGAGCAGGAAAGUUUUCAACUUGAAGAUUUUAACCCAGUGGAAAUUCUAGCUUAAUUCAGGAAAAUGUCAUGACUCCUUAAAAAUCUUGGGUUGGAAUAUAUCACAGACAAAAUGUCUUUUACAAUCCAGGAUCAGAGCAGAUAAAUAAAAGUUUUGGACAUUGUUUAUAUCACAAAGAGUUGUAUAUUUUGUUAAUUUACCAGAAAAAAACUCCUUUGUUCUUUGCAUAUGCUGAUUUUUUUUGUAUGAAUAAGUGAAUAAAAUAAAACAUGAUU